AAGGGCGUGUUCCAAGGCAUUUAUUCCCCUUUCCUGUGUGAAUCAAACCGAAAGCAGAGGAAGCAGGGUUCAAGUUGAAUUUUCCAAAUCGCAAUCCACUUCUUAUCCUAAUACCAACAACACGUUCUUGUUUUAUUGUUGGGAAUUGCUAGGUGCACCCAGCAACAUUGCUGGUGCACCAUCAUUCUUUUAAAAUGACAAAACUGCUCCUGUCUUCUUUCUCCUUUAAAAAGCUGUGUUUUUUUUUUUUUUUUUUAAAUCAGAGCAGUCAUUGUUACGCACUCUUCUUCUCGCUUUUCUCUCUUUGGUGCCGUACUAUCUUCGAUUCCUUGGCAACGGUUAGGUUCGGUGAAGGUAGCGGUGAUCGGCAGCGGCAUACGAGGUAUGCAUUUUUGUUGUUUGUGCGUUCAGGUGUAGUGGAUCAACUUGAUCCGUAAAAUCUUUACGGAUCAACUUGAUCUGCAUGUAGAUUUUAAAGCUGCAGAUCAAGUUGAUUGUUAUGGAUCAAGUUGAUCCGCAAAAGAAUUACGGAUCAAGUUGAUCUACAAAUUGUGGAUUAACUUGAUCCGUAAUUCUUCUGCGGAUCAAGUUGAUCCGCAACUUUAAAAUGUACAUGCAGAUCAAAUUGAUCCGUAAAGCACCACCACCACGUCACCAAACGCCAGUCGAGGAGAAUGCACGAGGAAGAAGUAGAGCAGAGCAGCACAACAACACCACCACCAAACAUUUUAAAGAAGUUUGCGGAUCAAGUUGACCAAAUCCUAUUUUCUUAAUCUUAAAUCCUAUUUUUGAGCUACUUAGAGGCGUUUUUUUGGAAAAAUGAGUUGAUCAAAUCCCCUUCAAGAAAUUUUAAGGGGAUUCCUCCUUCAAUUUCGAGCGUUUUGACAUAUUAUGGACCUCAAACGGACAUUUCUAUCAAAAGUUACAACCGUUUGAAGCAUACGGAUCAACUUGAUCCAUGAAACACUUCUUAAAAAUCAACUUAUGGAUCAACUUGAUCCGUAAGUCUUAAAAAUCAACUCUCGGAUCAAAUAAAACCUAUGCGGAUCAACUUGAAUAAGCUGGGUGGACAAAAAUAUUUUUAAAAAUACGCAAGGAUAUUUUUGUCUUUUCAUGUUAAGUGUUGGGUGCACCAGCAAUAAUGCUGGGUGCACCUAGCAACACCCUUUAUUGUUCCGAAAAUCUCAUUUGUUAUAUCCUUAUAAAUAGAGAAGUCGUUUUGCGUCGCCCUCUCCAAACCGUUUCAGCUUGUUCCAGUUUCAACCGUUGCCACAUUAAUUAUCUUCCAAAAUUGCAAUUGCAAUUCAUCAAAGCAAACAAGCAUUGAAGGACCCAGAAGGUUCACCAACACAAAGAAGCAAUCUUUUGGGUUUGUUUGAUCUUGGGGGGCCUUGUUUCAUCGCUUUUGGCAUCAGGGAGAGAAGGGCAGUGUAGUGGAAUUGGUUUUUGGCAAAAGGGUGUUUUUUUGGUAGGAAUUUAAGACAAGUAUCAGAAGUUUAUAACAUCUCACGCGUACCCGUGGUGUUUUAGAGGGUGAUUUUGGUGAUGGUGAUUUUAAACCUUGGGAGAAAUGAGGGGCAGGGAAUGCGGCUUGGGAAAUACGAGUUGGGAAAGACACUUGGAGAAGGCAAUUUUGGAAAAGUCAAGUUGGCAAGGGACACUCAUUCUGGCAAACUUUUUGCUGUUAAGAUCCUUGACAAGAGCAAGAUCAUUGACCUCAAUAACACUGAUCAGAUAAAGAGGGAAAUAUUCACCUUGAAGCUGCUGAAGCAUCCGAACGUUGUUAGAUUAUACGAGGUCUUGGCUAGCAAAACCAAAAUUUAUAUGGUACUUGAGUAUGUGAAUGGAGGAGAGUUAUUUGACAAAAUUGCAUCCAAAGGUAAACUAAAAGAAGCUGUAGGUAGGAAGAUAUUCCAACAGUUGAUUGAUUGUGUAAGCUUCUGCCACAAUAAAGGUGUCUUCCACAGGGAUCUCAAGCUGGAGAAUGUACUUGUGGAUGCCAAAGGGAACAUAAAGAUAACCGAUUUUAACCUUAGUGCUUUACCCCAGCAUUUUAGGGCAGAUGGGUUGCUACAUACAACAUGUGGAAGUCCCAACUAUGUUGCCCCUGAGAUUCUUGCCAAUAAAGGCUAUGAUGGUGCAACAUCAGAUAUAUGGUCAUGUGGUGUUAUCUUGUAUGUAAUUCUAACAGGAUACCUUCCUUUUGAUGACAGAAAUCUCGCAGUUCUCUAUCAAAAGAUUCUUAAAGGAGAAGUUCAGAUACCAAGAUGGCUAUCACCUGGUUCUCAAAACAUUAUAAAGAGAAUGCUUGAUGUCAAUCUUAAAACCCGGAUAACAAUGGCUAUGAUCAAAGAAGAUGAAUGGUUCAAGGAGGGUUAUAGUCCUGCAAAUCCAGAAGAUGAGGAAGAGAGUGUGUAUAUUGAUGAAGACUUUUCCAUCCAUGAUGUGUCACUUGAAGCAGAUCAAGGGAGUCCAAGAUCACCAACACUAAUCAAUGCAUUUCAGUUGAUAUCAAUGUCUUCAAGUCUAGACCUCUCUGGUCUUUUUGAGCAAGAGGAUGUUUCUGAGAGGAAAAUAAGAUUUACAUCCAUCCAUUCACCAAAAGAUUUAGUUGAGAGGCUUGAAGACAUUGUAACUGAAAUGGGAUUCAGAGUCCAGAAGAAAAAUGGGAUGUUGAAAGUGGUGCAAGAGAUCAAAACACAGAAAUGUCUUGGUAACCUCUCAGUGGCAGCAGAGGUGUUUGAAAUAAGUCCAUCCCUAUAUGUAGUAGAGUUAAGUAAGUCAUGUGGAGAUGCUUCUGUAUAUAGACAGCUAUGCAAGAAGCUAUCUAAUGAUUUGGGUGUUCACAAAAAGGAAUAGCUAGGGAGCUCAGAAGUCAUGGCCUGACAGAAAAUAAUUUGGAAGCUAGAUAAUGUAUAUAUUUUGCGAUUCUCUUUGAGGUGGGGUAGUUAUGUAGGUGUGUAUUGAAGUAUCAAUUGUAUAUACCAUUUUCACCAUCAAGUUAGUGAUGUGCUCCUAUCUCUAUUAGAUAAAAGAAGAGCACCUAUUUUCUACGAUUCUAUUUCAAUAAUCUGGUCAUUAGUUUAACUCCAUAUACCAUAGCUUCUAUACGCAGAUUAAAAGAUGUUCUAGUCAACCUGAAAAAUAGCAUCCUUGUCUGUGAACUGAAUCAUUAUUUAUUAUUUAUUUAUAAAUUUUGAAGCGUGAAAUAUAGCCUGGACAUGCAUGUCAGUUUUACUUUU